AUGAGUAUGGAAAUGUCUGUCUAUAGUCCGGAACAGAUCCGCAACUUCUGUAUCAUUGCUCACAUAAAUCACGGGAAGAGUACUCUAUCGGACCGUAUGCUCGAAGUGACCAAAACUAUUGCCAAAGAACUCAAUGCUAAACAAUAUUUGGAUAAAUUGGAUGUCGAGAGGGAGAGAGGGAUCACAGUUAAGGCACAGACGUGUUCAAUGGUCUGGAACUACAACAACACACCAUAUCUUCUUAAUUUGAUUGACACUCCGGGUCACGUGGACUUCAGUUACGAGGUGUGGCGAUCGGUGGCCGCGUGUGAGGGCGCUCUCAUCCUCGUCGACGCCAAUAGCGGAGUUCAGGCACAGACCGUCGCUCACUUCAAUCACGCCCUCCUCGCAGAGCUCACCAUAAUUCCUGUCCUCAACAAAAUUGAUCUCAAGAAUGCGGAUCCAAAGGCGGCCGCACUUCAGAUGAACAAAUUGUUUGAUAUCCAAGAAAAGGAUAUUUUGAAAGUGUCGGCCAAACAUGGAUCAGUGACCAAAACUAUUGCCAAAGAACUCAAUGCUAAACAAUAUUUGGAUAAAUUGGAUGUCGAGAGGGAGAGAGGGAUCACAGUUAAGGCACAGACGUGUUCAAUGGUCUGGAACUACAACAACACGCCAUAUCUUCUCAAUUUGAUUGACACUCCGGGUCACGUGGACUUCAGUUACGAGGUCUGGCGAUCGGUGGCCGCGUGUGAGGGCGCUCUCAUCCUCGUCGACGCCAACAGCGGAGUUCAGGCCCAGACCGUUGCUCACUUCAAUCACGCCCUACUCGCAGAGCUCACCAUAAUUCCUGUCCUCAACAAAAUUGAUCUCAAGAAUGCGGAUCCAAAGACGGCCGCACUUCAGAUGAACAAAUUGUUUGAUAUCCAAGAAAAGGAUAUUUUGAAAGUGUCGGCCAAACAUGGAUCAGGUGUUGAACAGCUGUUAAAUGAAUUGAUUGAUAGGAUUCCGGCGCCGACCGGCGACCCAAACAAUCCGCUAAAAGUAUUAUACAGUAUAAUAGCUAUUGAUAUGGUUUUCAUAAUCCGAUUCUUCUUGAAGGCAAUGGUAUUUGAUUUAUGGCAUCAGCCGUUCCGCGGAGUUAUUCUUCUCAUAAGAAUAUUAGAGGGAUGUCUUAAAACUGGUGAUGAGAUCACAUUGUUGUCCAGCGAUAAGAGCCAUACAAUUAAGAAGAUGAGUGUUUUACACCCGGAAGAGGUGUCUACUAAUGCACUCUAUGCGGGACAGGUAGGCGUUAUUGAGGCCAACAUUACUGAACACAAAGACGUUAAUAUUGGAGACAUUAUUGUUAAAAGCGGUGAUAAACCAACAGAUGGUUUAAAUGUGAUAAAAGUGACUGAAAUCCAGAAAGCGGUUCCAAUGGUGUUCGCCAGUGUCUACCCGUGCGAACAGUCAGCCUUUAAUGAAUUAUCCAAAGCCAUCAAUAAAUUACUUCUCAACGACAAUGCCGUCGAUUUGACUAAAGAGUCACAUCCGGCGCUCGGCAAUGGCUUUCGAUUGGGUUUUCUGGGAUUACUUCAUAUGGAAGUCUUCUGCCAACGUCUUGAUGACGAAUUUAACGCUCAGGUGAUCAUAACAGCGCCGAGUGUUCCCUACAAAAGAGAAAAGAAUAUAAAAGCGUUUGGAAGCGAAGAACUCGUUAUAACUAAUGCCUCGAAAUUACCAAAUGUUGCCAUAAUUAGUGAAUACUUCGAGCCGAUGGUCAUCGGGACUGUCAUUACACCCGAACUUUACUUGAAUGAUGUGAACAAUAUAUGCCUCAAUAGACGUGGCAUUCAAACCAAUUCCUAUUAUAUCGAUAACACAAGACUUUUACUUCAAUAUAAGUUUCCAUUGAGUGAAAUAAUUAUCGACUUUUACGACGAGUUAAAGUCUGUCACUUCGGGUUACGCCUCGUUUGACUACGAAGACAGUGGCUAUGAGAGCACCAAAUUAGUCAAACUCGAUGUACUUCUUAAUGAUAAACCCGUCGAUGAAUUGUCUCUUCUGGUGAAUGCGUUGAGAGCCAAAACAUACGGCAAGAAUAUAUGCCUUAAGCUGAAGGACAGUCUAAAGAGACAACAAUUCAAAAUCAAAAUCCAGGCCGCGAUCGGAGGCAAGAUUGUCGCCCGAGAGGACAUCAAAGCCUAUCGAAAGGAUGUGACCGCAAAGCUAUACGGAGGCGACACAACCAGAAGAGACAAACUAUUGCAACGACAGGCAGAGGGCAAACGUAGACUCAGAAGAAUCGGAAACAUUGAAAUCACUUCCGAGACACUAAUCAAUGUCUUUAAGAAAUGAUCACUUCUUUACAUCUCUAGUCUAUUUACUAAUUAAUCCAUUUUUACAAUCUAUUAGUCAUUUUGUUGUAAUUAUAACAAAUAAGAUAACAAUUUAGU